UCGCUUCACUUUUUUUUUUUUUUUUUUUUGUCGGGAGAGGUGAGGAAUUGCUGAGGGGGGUGCUUGGUUCUUGUGGAGCAGAGAAUGGGGAAGGAAGACGACCUUCCAGUCGGCUGGCGCUUAAGACAGAGAUCACAAGUAGGCAGAGAGAGAGGAGGAAGCAGGCUCCCCACUGAGCAGAGAGCCCAACACAGGGCUCCAUCCCAGGACCCUGGGAUCAUGACCUGAUCUGAAGACAGAGCCUUUAACCCACUGUACCACCCAGUUUAGUCUUCGGAGAAAGUGGUUUCACUUCCCUACAACAUUAAAAAGCAAUUUUUAUUUGCCUGUGAGAAUUCAUCAUUCUCCUGUUACUGGACAUCAUCAGUGCCCUCCCUGCCUGACAUUUACCUUGGCACUCACCUCUGCACAUCGGAGGCUGCUUACUGUGAACGCCUAUGACUUCACUCUUGGUCCCCAUGUAGAGCAAAAUGGAAGUUCCAGGAAGUGAACAUUCUCAGAAGCCACAACAAACAAUGACAGAUGAGGAGUUGGAAGGUAAAUGCCCAAGGUUCCUUAUUUCCAGGUGGGAAAACAAGCAGGUAUGGUCUACACUGUUGAGCAGAAUUUUCCAGCCCAUGAUGGAAACCUGCUCAAUAACUUAGCCAUUAUAGUCUUGCUUUCCUUCCCUGAUCCACUGGUGCUUCCUGGGAUCACUUCUGGUAUAAACUACUUGCUACAACGUCUACUUCUGGAGAAACACACCCUAAAACAGACAAUGUUUUGCUAUUAUAAACAAUAUAUUGAUGAGUAUAUAUUUGUACAUGGGUCUUUUUUUUUUUUUUUUUUUUUAGAUUUUAUUUAUUUAUUUGUCAGAGAGCACAAGCAGGCAGAGUGGCAGGCAGAGGCAGAGAGAGAAGCACACUGCCUGCUGGACAAGGAGUCUGAUGCGGGACUCGAUCCCAAGACCCCGGGAUUAUGACCCAAGCCAAAGGCAGCGGCUCAACCAGCUGAACCACCCAGGCAUCACUGGGUCUUUGCAUCUUUCACUAUUUUUUCUAGAAUAGACUCCCCAAAGUGGAAUUAUUAGGUCACAGGGCAUAAAUACUUUGUUUUGCUUUUUUUAUUUUAUUUUUUAGGUCAUAAAUAUUUAAAAUCUUAAUAUUUAUCUUAAGAUUUUAAAAGAGUUAAAAUCUUUAAAAUAUUUAAAAUAGAUAUUGCUAAAUUUCAGGUAAGUCUUCGGCGGAAAUUGGACAGCAAGCAGUUUAUAGCUGAACCCUCUGAGACCAGGGUGCUGAUGAAAUCUUCAUUUUUUUCUGCUGGCCCAUAUCCCUAUAGUCUUAAAGAAUAUGAGCAGUGUAGGCUUUUUCAAGUGAAAGGAGUAAAUGCUGGCUGUGUUUGACUUUUUGUUAGGUCAGCCUCACAUACUAAUCUUAUUCAAAUGUAUCCACCCUUAUUUUGCCUUUUUAAACCAUUAGUCUUUCUCUGUGCCAUCCUGUCAGACUCUAACCUUAGCCACGGUCCUCCUCAUGCUCACACUGUUUUAUUUAUGCAGUUUAUCUGAGGUCCUUCCAGUGAUCCUCAAUUUGAUAAGCAGAUAUGAACAGAUCUGUUUGGAGAACUGGGAAGCAUGUUGAGCCCAGACCUAGGGUUCAGGGUUUGUAAUUUUGGAUUCAUCCCCUUUCCUCUCUUAGCCUCAGUUAGAGAGGAAGCAGCAGACUCCCCACUGAGCAGGAAGCUUGACAAGGGGUGGAAGAGGCCUCCAUCCCGGGAAGGAAGAUGAGGCUAGAGAGAGACAGUGACUUGCCAAGAUCAAACAAGCGAGGUUAACGUGGAGCUGGGUUCAAAAGCUGGUCCUUUUGAGAUGGUGGGACUUAAAACCCCUCUGGGUGGCCAUGAUGAAUCUUCUCCACUUGGCCCUGCCCUUGCCUAUGUUUUCUAGCUCAAGCAGAUGAUUAAUCUGCUACAAAGUUCCAGCACCUACCUUCACAAUCAGGGCUUUCCCAUCACUCUGGACUCCUCCACCACCAUGCCUCCUUACGUGCUCUUUUCCUCAUAUGUCUCCUUGGCUUGUCUCUUACCUGGUCCUGACCUCUCCUCCUCUGUUUUCCCCCGCCUUUCACUGGGAGGCUCCUUAUGAAACACCUGUUCAGGAAAGCUGUCCCAUUCCCGUAACUGGUGAUUGAUUCCUCUGUUCUCUGGACUAGACUAGAAGCACCUUGAUGCCAGGAAUGGGUCUGGGAGGCCCGUGUAUCUCCAGCACUUACUACAGUGCCUGCCCCAAGGCCGGUGUUGAGUGAAUGUCUGCAAAAUGAGCAGAUGAUGAAUAAAUGAAAACAAAUGGAAGGCAUUUGCUGGUCAUCUUGAAUGGGGAUUUGUUUGAAGAUCAGCAGUCAAAUUAUUUUAAAGCCCAUCCUCACAGAGCUAGGGAAAUGACGUGAGAAUGACAGGCAAAAUGGCUUCUAAAAAUACCGGAGCCUCAGGGUCUUCUUUUUCACACCUGGCUUGGCCAGUUUUGUUUAUUCAGAAUUCUCUUAUUUCCAUAUAAAUGACAUCCUCUGAUAUCAAUCUGGUUUUGACUCUCUGUCUUCCCGUCUUUGGGUUAAAAAUUUUUAAAAAGUUUCCUAUGGUGACUGAGUUCCAGGACUUCACAUUCAGGUCUUCUGAAGAGGUCCUAGAGCGUCCUGUGUCGGGGAGUAUACCGAGAGCCUGACAUCCGACAGCUAAUAAAAUCCUCACUGGUCAGUAGGAUCCCCCUCAUUUUGUAAGUAAGGAAAGAAGUCCAGAGAGGUGAACUUCUACAUGGUCACCCAGGAAAUGAGCAGAGAAGCUGGUAUUUGAACCCACAUUGGGAUCCUUUCAUGCUGCAACUCUUUUUUUUUUUUUUUAAUUUUAUUUAUUUAGUUUAUUUAUUUGAGAGAGAGGGAGCACAAGGUGUGGAAGGGCAGAGGGAGAGGAAGCAGAAGACUCCCCACUGAGCAGGGAGCUUGACAAGGGGUGGAAGAGGCCUCCAUCCCGGGACCCUCAGAUCAUGAUCUGAGCCCAAGGCAGAUGCCUAACUGACUGAGCCACCCAGGAGCCCCUUGUGCUGCAAUUCUUGUCCCCCCAAUUUAUAGAAUGAUUCCACAUCAAUCAUCUCAGUGCCUCUUGGAAGAUACUCAGUGAGGGAAGAGGGCGAGGCUCCCCAAUUCCACCUUACCAGUGUGGAAAUGGAGGGAGUUAAUUUAGGACUUCAGCUCAGUCCAGCAGACGCUUCACUCGGCCCUUGCCAGGGAUGUGACUGUGGAUGAUUCACAUUCCCUCUCCCAGUCUCAGAAUCCUCAUCUGCAAAAUGGGAAUGAGGGCUAUUUGUCCUCCACUGACAAGGGACAUAGAGGGUCUCCUCCAACUCCGCUGCUCCCACUCCCUGACACCACUUAGGGGUCCUGUGACUUGGUUCUGACCCUGACUACCCAGAGCUAGCGUCAGACUCCGCGGGCUCAGUCCCACAGAACCGCCCUGACUUCAGAGGCCAUUCCAAAGAGUGGGCCCUUGGCUUACCAGCGCUUCUGCCAGAUGUGGCUAUGAAGUCGGAUUCCCAGAGGCAGUAAUGAGCCAGACAACUCUCUCAUCCUAGAGAAUCUCUACUUACUGCUGCAGUUUACACAAGGAGGUCCGUGAACAGCCAGAGGAGGAAGUAUGCAUGGUGCGAUCCGAGAGUUCUGAGUGGACAGACUUCUGUCCCCAUGGAUUGUGGAGCGUGCUCUCCCAGCCUCCUGAUGUAGUUGCCAACUCAGAAGCUCUCCAAAACCAUUUUCUAAGGUUUUUUUUCUUUAAGAUUUAUGCAUUUGUUUACUUGACAGAGAGGAGGAGAGAGAAAGAAUAAUAGAGGUAGAGGGAGAAGCAGACUCCCUCCCGAGCAGGGAGCCUGAGGCAGGACUUGAUCCAGAACUCUGGGAUCAUGACCUGAGCUGAAGGCAGACCCUCAACCGACCAGGCCACCCAGGAGCCCCAGGUUUUUUUUUUCUUUCUUUCUUUAAUGGAUGUUUCAUUACAUAUAGUUGGUUAAAUCGUUGGCUAUUGGUGAUUGAACUCAGGUCAGAGGUGAAAAGUAGGGCUGAAAAUUUCACCCUUCUAAUCAAGAUCUAGGUCCUUCUGGUGAUGAACACUGUCCUCAAGCUAUGUGCACCCUCCCCCAAACUAAUGACCUCAUUAGCAUAUGCUCAGGUAAGGUCGAAAGGAGCUUAUUACGAAUAACAAAAGAUACUCCCGGUGAUCGCAGCACCUCACCAGAAGCCACCAGCGCCCCCCCCCCCCCCCCCAGCAAGCGUGCGUGGGCGGAGGCAUCGGGGAAAAUGGCAGACAAUUUUUCACUUAAUGAUGCUUUAUCUGGGUCUGGAAACCCAAACCCUCAAGGAUGGCCUGGUCAAUGGGGAAACCAGCCUGCUGGAGCAGGGGGCUACCCAGGGGCCUCCUAUCCUGGUGCCUACCCUGGACAGGCCCCUCCUGGUGGCUACCCUGGACAGGCACCUCCAGGAGCCUACCCUGGCCCAACAGCUCCUGCUUAUCCUGGACGACCUGCACCAGGAGCCCACCCUGGGCAACCGAGUGGGCCUGGGGCCUACCCGCCUCCUGGACAGCCAAGUGCUCCUGGAGCCCAGCCCCCUGCUGGCGCCUUUGGCAUCCCUGCUAGACCACUGACUGUACCUUAUGACCUGCCCUUGCCUGGAGGAGUCAUGCCUCAUCUGAUAACAAUUCUGGGCACAACGAAGCCCAAUGCAAACAGAUUUGCUUUAGAUUUCAAGAGAGGGAAUGAUGUUGCUUUCCACUUUAACCCACGCUUCAAUGAGGACAACAAGAGAGUCAUUGUUUGCAAUACAAAGCUGGAUAACCUCUGGGGAAAGGAAGAAAGACAGGCGACUUUCCCAUUCGAAAGUGGUAAACCAUUCAAAGUACAAGUGCUGGUUGAAUCUGACCACUUCAAGGUUGCGGUCAAUGAUGCUCACUUGUUGCAGUACAAUCAUUGGAUGAAAAAUCUCCAGGAAAUCAGCAAACUGGGAAUUUCUGGUGACAUAGAUCUCACCAGUGCUUCACAUGUUAUGAUAUAAUCUUAAAGGGGAAGAUUAAAAAAAAAAUGAAAUUGAAUAUAAACCCUUACACAUUGAAACUUCAUUUUUCCUGAUUGAAAAAUUUCACUUUUAUUCAUUACUGUCCUUGUAAAUCUUUGAUUUAAUAAACAUUCUAAGAGUAAAAAAAAAAAAAGAAAAGAAAAGAAAAAAAAAGAUACUCCCAUCACCCCUAUCACUUAGGAAAUUUAAAAAGUUUUAGGAGCUCUGUGCCAAGAACAUGAGGUAAAAACCAAAUACAUGUAUAUAUUUAUUAUUAUACCUCAGGGGAUAAUCAUGGUAAAAGUCAUGCUGGGGGCAUGAAAUGAAACAAUGGAGGCAAAGCAGCUAGUAGACGUGAUUUGUGUACAGGAAAUCACGGAGAUGAUAAAAUGUUCUGUAUUUGGGAGAGAAGACGAACACUGAAGCUGGAGUGGAUGGGAAUGAGGUGCAGUCUGGGAGGAUUUGGAGGGCGGCAGGCAGGGUGGAUGGCUGGACUGUCCGCAGACUUAGUGAUGACUACCCGCUCAUACCUACAGACUUAGCUGAGGGAGGUCAUCACUGAGGGAAUGACCAAGUCCAAGCUGCUUGGAUGGGUCCAGUGAGGGAGAAGUCCUUGGCCAGCCCCUUCUUCUCGAACCUUUCUUUAGACCUUUCCCUUACCAGCCCAUCAAAGGCUGCUGUCUUUUUCUCCUGCCUUCCCAGUCUCACCUACACACACACACACACACACACACACACACACACACUCCUGGGAUUCAUGCACUCUGUUCCUUGAACCAGCCCAUCACUUCUAACAGUUAACAUCUGCCACCUGAGCAGCUCUCAAGGUCAUUCAUUCAACCACUCACCAACCCAAGCUUUGGGUGUCCUGCCUUGGCCUCAUUGAGUUGGAUAGAUCAUGCCUCCCUGCCCAGUAAACAGAGCUUCUCUGUCCGUCUUAGCGAUGCUUUUUCAGAUGCAUAGCCUGUCUCUAGAUGUUCUCGUACCUUGCUGCUGUAGGAGCUAAGGCCCCAAGAUUGGGCCACUUUGGCCCAUUGGUUAUUUUGAAUAAAAGUUGACUGUCCAUGAAGAAGGACAUUCAGAACAUUCAGAACUUUCUCUUUCCCCCUGAAAGAAGGAAACAAAUCUCCCCUGUGAAAGGUGACUUCCCUGUACCAGGAGAAACAUCCUUUUCACCAAGAUUCGAAAUUUAGAGCCCAAAGACUGUAUAAACAACCCUUGUGACUUUCAACUAAUUUACUACCCCAGCCUAAAUUCUGUUUAGAAGAGCCAGUCCUCAUUAGCAUAGUGGUGAGUAUCCCCGCCUGUCCUGUGGGAGACUGGGGUUCAAUUCCCUGAUGGGGAGGCCCCAGAGUGUUUUGGGGCACCUGGGGGGCUCAGUGGGUUAAGGUCAUGAUCUCAGGGUCCUGGGAUGGAGCCCCACAUCAGGCUUUCUGCUCAGCAGAGAGGCUGCUUCCCCCACUCUCUCUGCCUGCCUCUCUGCCUACUUAUGAUUUCUUUCUCUGUCAAAUAAAUAAAUAAAAUCUUUGAAGCAAAAUUCUGUUUAGAAUUCCUACCUAAUUGAAGCUCACAAUGGUAAGUUUUCUUUGUCAUGUCAAUUCCUCACAGAUUUAUUGUCUGUCUAAAAAGUAUAAAAACAAAAAGUAUAAAAAUCACCUGUCUUGGACACUUCUUUUUUUUUUUUUUUUAAGAUUUUAUUUAUUUAUUUGACAGAGAUCACAAGUAGGCAGAGACGCAGGCAGAGAGAGAGGAAGGGAAGCAGGCUCCCCGCUGAGCAGAGAGCCUGAUGCGGGGCUCUAUCCCAGGACCCUGGGAUCAUGACCUGAGCCGAAGGCGGGGCUUUAACCCACUGAGCCACCCAGGUGCCCCUAAAGUAUUUUUUUAAUAGCAAAACAAAUUGAGUCCAACAUAUUUUUAUCUCAACUCUGUGUCAAAUCUUAGGAUAAAUGUGGGGCACUCUGAUCAGAUUGGGGGGGCCACCAAAUGUGGAGUGUCCCAGUUGGGUGGGGGCUGGUGGUCAGGGUGGUGAAAGGAUUCACCAAGGCAGAACAAAGGAGACAGAAGUAGCAGGCAGAACAGCAAAGGAGAAAUUUCGAGGAGAUGGUGGCGAGUGACCACAGUUAAAGGGCAGAGUGAAGGAGUAUGGGGACGCAUGGAAUUUCCCCUUUUUUGGUACUCUUAGGAGUUGUGCCUGGUUGUAACUGGUCAGUUAGGGCCCAUGAUUAUUUCAAAGAGGGUCGUUUUUGUGUGUGUGUGUGUGUGUUUUAAGAUUUUAUUUGUUUAUUUGACAGAGAGAGAGAUCACAAGUAGGUAGAGAGGCAGAGAGAGAGGAGGAAGCAGGCUCCCUGCUGAGCAGAGAGCCCAAUGCAGGGCUCCAUCCCAGGACCCUGAGAUCAUGACCUGAGCCGAAGGCAGAGGCUUAACCCACUGAGCAACCCAGCCCCCUUCCCCCGCCACACACACAGUGGGUCGUUUAAUGAGCCCGUAUGACUUGCCUGUUGCCGCUCAGCUCAGUGCUUGCUGUAAGCCCUUAGUGUCUACAAUUAAUACUCCGGAUGCGAAGAUGGCUCAGCCUGGCUCCCUUCCUACGGGGAUCUCAGGGUCUUUAGCAGAGAGAAGGCUUGGACUUACCUGUCCAUUAUAUAAGACAGGAAAUACCAAUGCUUUCAGAGAGGAAUCAGCUACAGAUGACUGAAGUGAAGGGGAGCGGUUAGUGUGGAGGAAGUGUUUGUGGACCCGGAGGCUCCAUGAAAGCCCAGCUCCUCCACGAAGACAUGCAUGCAGCACGCUAAGCCCUCCUGCUGUCGGACUGCGUCCUGCCCUCAGAGCCUUCACGCCGUUGGGGCUGUAAAACCAGGACUCUAAUCCGAGUGGAGAGGCCACAGGGAGACUGACUGCUUUUCUCAUGAACCUGUUGCAAGGUGGAGGAAGGUGUCUGAGGAGAGCUUUGACCUGGACUCGGAAGGGUGAGGGAGACAGAGUCUUGGGGGAAUUAUAGAGAGAUGCCUCAUCUGGGGUCCUCUGGGAUCGAGAUGGAGCAUGCAAGGAGUGAGGACAAGUUGUUUCGCUGCUAGUUUGUAAUUGUGAUGGGUUCAAGUCCUGGUAGAGGAGGAGGAAUUUCUCUAUAAGAACAUUUUUCUUCCAGGGGACCUAAAACAUCUACCUAGCACAAAUAUUUGCUGAUUUUCAGGUCACUUUCACUCACUGUCCCAUGACAAAACUGGAGAGUAAAAGAAAGCAGCACUCCCUGGGUACUGGGAAUACAUUUCUUUAAAAUUAAUUUAUUUUUUAAAGUAAUCUCUAUACCCAAUGUGGGGGGUCAUACUCACAACCCCAAGAUCAAGAGUCCCACGAUCUGGGGUGCCUCAAGGGGCUCAGUCCAUUAAGCAUCUGCCUUGGGCUCAGGCCGUGAUCCCAGGGUCCUGGCAUCCAGCCGCAUGUUGGGCUUCCUGCUCAGCAGGGAGCCUGCUCUCCUUCUCCCUCCUGCUUGUGCUCACUCCCUCUCUCUCUCAAAUAAAUAAAUAAAAUCUUAAAAAAGAAAAAAGAGUCUUGGGGCGCCUGGGUGGCUCAGUGGGUUAAGCCGCUGCCUUCGGCUCAGGUCCUGGGAUCGAGUCCUGCAUCGGGCUCUCUGCUCGGCAGGGAGCCUGCUUCCUUCUUUCUCUCUCUCUCUCUGCCUGCCUCUCAGUGUACUUGUAAUUUCUCUCUGUCAAAUAAAUAAAUAAAAUCUUUAAAAAAAAAAAAAAGAGUCUCACGAUCUAUCAAGUGAGCCAGCCAGGUGCCCCUCACCUUAAUCAUUAAGUGUACAGUUCAGUAGUGUUAAGUACAUUCACAUUGUUGUAUGAUCAAUCUCCAGGGUUUUCUCUUGUAGCACUGAAACUCUGUAUCUAUUUAUUGAACAGUAACUCAUCAUUUCUCCCUCCUCCCAGUCCCUGGCAUUAUACUCUCUGUUUCUGCGAAUUUUACUUCUCAAGGUAUCCUGUAUACGUGGAAUCAUACAGUAUUUGUCUUUUUGUGACUCGCUUACUUCACUUAACAUAAUACUGUCAGUUUUAUCCUUGUUGUAACAUGUUAGAAUCCCCCCUGCCUCCUCCUCAGACAACCAUUAAUCUACUUCUGUCUCAUAGAUUGGCCUAUUCUGGAUACUUCAUUAUAAAUGGCAUUAUAAAUGGAAUUGUACAAUAAACAACCUUUUGUGAAUGGCUACUUUCACUUACCAUAAUGUAAUGUGUCCAAGGUUUAUCCAUGUUGUACCAUGAAUCAGUAUUUAACUCCUUUUAUUGCUGAAUAAUAUCCUAUUAUACGUGUAAAAUACCACAUUUUCUUGAUCCAUUCACCAGCUGAUGGACAUUUGGAUUGUUUCCACUUUUUGGCUAAUACAAAUAAUGCUGCCAUGAACAUCCAUGUACAGGUUUUUCUGCAUGCGUUUUUUACUUCUCUUGGUUAUAUACCUAGGAGCGGAAUUGCCAUUUGAAAAAAUCACCAUUUGAGAAAAUGCCAGACUACCCAGGUGGCCGCACCAUUUUACAUUCCCACCAGCAGUGUAUAAGGCUUCCAGUUUUUCCACAUUCUUGCCAACUGUGUAAUGUGCAUAGUGGGUUGAAAGGGGCUCCCCACCCCAAAGAUGUAUUCAUGUCUUAAUCUCUUAAUCCUUGGAAACUGUGAAUGUGACCUUAUUUGGAAAAAGGGUCUUUGCAGAUGUAAUUGAUUUAAGGAUCUCAAGUUGACAUCAUCCUGGAUUAUCCAGGAGCACCUUAAAUCUGAUGACAAACAUCCUUUUAAAAAACACACAGAGGAGAGACACAAAGAGAAGAGGAGAAGGCCAUGGGAAGAUUGGGCAAAGAUUGGACUGAGCAGCCACAAGCCAGGGAAUGCUGACAGCCACCAGAAUCAAUAAGGAAUGGAUUCAAACUCUCCUAAAUCCUCAGGAGGGAGGGUGAUGCUUACCAGACCUUGGUUUUGGACUUCUGGCUUCCCAAACUGUGAGAUAAUAAAAUUCCGCUGUUUUAAACCA